AUGACGGAGACUGCUAGCUUCACAGCGGCUCGUUACGCCAGUUCCACAGCCGCCAGCCUCCCAGGCAAAACACUCGCAGCGCCUCCCGCCUCCAUCACCGGCCCCUCGUCGAACCUGCACUCGCAUCGCCAGAGCCACAAUUCCUCCAAGCUGCCGUCCUUUCGCUUUGCUGACAUCAAGAACGCUCCCGCUGCCUCGAGUCCCCAGUCCGCCAAGCAGCCGCUCUCGCUGUCCCCCCGACGCCUCACAGCCCCUGUUGGCUCGAUCGAUUCGCAGCUCGAACGACGAGACUCCAAGACGCGAUCCGACGCCGCGACAAAGGUUCUGACGCCUUCCGCUUCUGCGCGCAAUCGCCAGUCGCUGCCCGCGUCCAUCAAGACUGCGGAAACAGUCGUGUCGCCGCCGCGCCCGAAUCUGCGCCCUCGAGCUUCGUACCAGAUUAAGCCCUCAAUCAUCGAGCAGGAACGGAGAGUCAGGCGCCCCGUGUCGUUUCCCGACGGCCUCGCAGAAGAAGCUGCACAGUCGAUAAAGGCCUCUAGUGUCGCGCGCUCCUCUUCUGUGAAGCAGAGCGCUCGCCGUUUGCCGGCAUCCCGCAGCUCAAACGCCAACGGCAGAGUGACGCCCGACGGCCCGCGAUCGUCACUCAGCGCUCGCCGUUCUGCCAUCGAAGAAGCAGUCUCUCCCACCUCUCGAGUUGUCCCGGAGCCAAAGCCAGGCAUCAAGGUACGGGCUCGGACUCUGCCGGAUUUGCCAUCCUACAAACCGCCGUCCUCGUCGGGCCCUUCAGAUGAAAACCAGGACCAGUCGCUGCAGCGCCCACCUGUCUCUUAUAAGCCGCCGGUAAACGGCGCCACUGCCGGACAGCCUACAGCUUCAACCGCUGUUCGCGUUCCGCCCAUUCGAGCCUUCCGAUCUUCGGGCUCUCGCAAGAGCUCGGUAGACGACGAUAUGAGCUACAACUCUCGUUCCUACGACGUGGAAGAUCGUUACAUCGAUUCAACCGACGACCACACUCUCCGCGCCCUCGAUGGCGACUUUUUUGAUCAGAGGAGCCCUCCCAGGCACGGCGGCGAUGAUACGGGUGACGUUUUCUUAAAAAUUGCCUCUGAGGAGGCAGCGCGCAAUGCAAAAGCCGAUAGUGUCAAUGACAGCAAAACUACUUCACAGUAUCAAGUCAAUCGCACUACGCAGCGGCGCCCACUUUCUCAAAAUGUCUCUUCUUAUUACCCCAUGUCCCCUCCAUCGGUAAACCGCAGGCUUUCUGACCAGCAGGAUCAAACCCGAAGCCGCUCAGUUAGAUAUGAAGAUGAGCUUACAAGCGAAAUCGCGCGAACCGCCAGCGCCUACCGCAGCCAGCUGCUCAGAGACAAAGCCGCGUCCUCUCGUCCCGCCGAAGACACCCCUUCAAGAUCAAAUGGCUCAGGUCUACGACCCUCACUCAUGACUCCCCGAACUGCAAGCCUCCAGGACCAAGCUGCGGAAUCUUCCUAUAGCCGAAGACGGUCAUCUGUGGACGCCCCGGCCUCUAGCUCGGCGCGCUCAUCUUCCCACAAGGCUACUGUGCUGGUUCAAACUCAGAACAAAACUUACAAUCCAUCACCUCUUACGCGUUCUUUCGAGAUAGAAGAGGACGACGACGACGAUGAUGACCCCGAAGCUGGCAACGCUGAGGGAACGGAAUCGACUACAUCUACCAAUGCGCCAUCUACUGUCUGGGACGAGCUGGAUGAGCUGAAAUCGCGAAUCCAUCGUCUGGAGUUGACAGGGAAGCUACCGCCGACCUCUGCAGCCGCGUUGAUCAAAGCAUCAGAGGAGAGACCGCCAACAGCAACGACAACCGUUACGACCAUGUCGCUAUCCCCCAAGAAAUCGGCAGCCGGGCAGCAGACAGAUGCUGGUAGCAGUACGUCGUCACAGCGAGAGGCACACUCGAAUUUGCACUCGGCUCUCACCAAGAUCAAGACGGUCCUCAGCCCAGAAGUGUAUCGCGCGCUUGAAACCGCAGCGAAUGAUGCCCUCGCGUUGUCGUCCAUGAUGGGUACGCCUGGCCAGCCUGGACCUAUAUCAGGUUCUGCCAGCGUAGUCGGCGGUAUUGGCGGUGGUCCUGCAAUUACGGAUCGUCAGCUCCGCCGUAGGACAGACAGCGUCUGCCGCAGCCUAACUGAGCUUUGCAUCGCUCUUGGUGAGGGUACUGCCCCUCGGCCUGCACCAGCAAUAAUUCCGCAAGUUGUGACGACACAGAUUAGCCCGAACCAGAACCAUAAUGCUCACCUAGAGCCACCCAGAACCCCAACCAUGAUGAACAGCAAGACUUAUUCUGUUUCUCGCCGCUCUAGCGUCGCGCCGCCUGAGCAAGCCACCCAAAUCAUCACUAGCCCUAGAGCCAUGUCUAAAUUCGAGGAGCGAAGGAAUAUGAUUUUGAAUGGCAGUCUUGUGACUAGCCCCCGGAAUUCAGCUUCCACUCCGACAACCCCUAACGAAUCUAUUGCUCGCAGAGCGUCACUUAUCGUAUCACGUGCUCGCAGAUCAGUAACAGAGGAGCCGGAGGAUGGUAGGCGCUCUUCUGCGCUUUUGCAACGACGGGCGGCCGGUGAGGAAUCUGACGAUGGUGGCCGGAGAACUUCUGCACUUUUGCAUCGACGGACGGCCGGUGAGGAAUCCGACGAUGGUGGUCGGAGAACUUCAUUCCUUGUUCGUAACCGUCGAGGAACCGUCGGCGAAGAAGACGAGGGAUCCAGAUUCCGAGCUCCCUCCCGGGCCAUCACCGAACGUGCUUCUGCACGUGUCUCCGAAGCUCCAAGUCCCGUACCGGAAGCCGACACACCACAGCCACCCUCAGCCCUCAGCCGACGACGAUUCAUAUCCUCGAACACGCAGCCUUCUCGCUUGACCGUUCCGACUACUUCUAGCACACCCUCGACCAGAAAGUUUCUAGAGAGGUCACUACCAGACACUGAGAGCGGCUCUGAGAGACCUGCCGAAAGCCGGCUUUCACGACAUCUAUCGGUUCAACAUAACUCAGACCGCACCUCCACCUAUCAAUCAUUACAGAAUCGAACUAGCAGCCUGCAAAUUCGUCGAGCGAAUCGGGACAGCAUGGCCAUCCCGGCCUCUUCGACCACAGCCACAAACGGCUUGAGAUGA